GGAUAGUAGUGGAGCAUAGAAGUUGACGAAGCUUACUCUCGAAAUUGCCUUCCCGUAUUAAAAUUCUAAAGCUAGCUGUUAUCCUUUGGCGAAACAAUAGAACUAAGUGCAGGUAAUUACCCACUCAUAGCGAUGACGGAGGUAGAAAUGACUCGAGGACCUCGCUCUCCCCCAGCGGCACCGGCGGAGACCGAGGAAGACAAUGAAAGGCUACGAGAGUUGGCAAGACGAUGCUAUGGAGAUGGGAUUAUGCCAGCAAGCAUUGACCCGGGAGUAACGAGUGGCGAAGGGAGAGAAGUACGCUUCAAAGUGAACAGGCAUAUCGACCAAGUGAAGAUCUCCUGGCUCAAGGAGCAUACUGUUACUAUUAUCUUCCGGAAUGGUGCUAGGUUUCUGUCGAGAAAAGUCAAAGAGGAUAUCGUGAGGGCAUUCGAAGAUGAGAGAAGUGCAGAUGGAUCACUUGACUCGGCCACUUUCAGCAGGGGGAGAGUCAAAGUAGAGAGUCCUAAUGUAGUGUCGUAUGUGGCGAAGAACGUGGCGGUCGCGAACUGGAUGAUUCUAAACGAGCGAGACGAGAUUACAAUUGGUCCGACGCGCUAUGCCUUCGAAUUUCAACCUUGGCUUACUAAGGCACAAUUGAAGGCACAGAGGCAGGAGGAGGACGACUCAGUUUUUUGGGUCAUCGCAGUCCAAGUCCCUCUCGAUGCCUUUUUCUAUUUGGAGGCGCAAGUCACACGAGCGAUUGGACCAGUUGUUCGUGUCCACCCUGCAGAGCAAGACAGAUUGAAGCCGGCGCUGAUUAGUAUUAAAUUCGAGAUUGAUCCGGCGGCAAGAGACAAUAUGAGAGAUAAAAUCUGGGUGGAUACAUGUGAAGGAGAUUUCUUAGAAGUCAAGUUGGCUUCUGUCGAGACGCCAAGAUGCAGGAGAUGUAGAGCGUUUUUCCAUACGGAAGCUGAGUGCAGACGAAAUCGUCAACAAGGUCAGGAGUUACCGGCACAGCAAGGUCAAUCGGAAGCGACUAGUCGGCCACAAUAUCAAGGACAUCUCCGCCCACCUGGUAAUCAAAGUAACCAGGGUGGGAAUCCGAAUGGAGCACCGGUGGCAGGAGGUGAUGGAGCUUCGGCCAUGAUGGGAGGGGAUGCUACUCUAGAAAGAGGCACAGUCGGAGGUUCUGGGACAAGAGCCCCAUAAGGGUUCCAACCAAGCUAUGUGGGAGAGCGAGUUAACUUUUUUGAUGAACUGCUGUAUGUAAUUCCUGAAUGCGAUCAGACCAUACUAGCUGCAGAUUGGAAUACGUCGCUAGACGCUACCUCCUCGACUGCACCAAGUGUACGAGAUAAGGCUGCAUUGUUAUCUCUGAUGAAUAAAUUAAAUCUCAUCGA